AUUCAACCCUAUCCUCUCCAGACGAGAUCUGAGGCCGCCGGGCAGCAGGGCUCCCCCAAGUACCAGGAGAAGAUGAGCUUGUAGCGUGGGCUAUGGAUUAAAGCUUGAUACCAGCUUUCAUAGAUCCGGAUGGUUUUGAAGUGAUAGCUGGCUUGACUUUGCUUUUCUUCAAAGCAUCUUGACAGACCAAAAUCCGUAAUUUUUGGCACCAUGUUUUCGUCUAGCAAUAUAUUUGCAGGUUUUAGGUCUAAGUGAAGGAUAUCGAUCUCUGUUAAUAUAUUGUAAACCUUCACAAAUUCCCUUGAUUAUUUCAUAGCGCGCUAUUUUAAAAGAAAUGAUUUGGCAUUGGACAAACCAAGUUGUCCAACAUGCAUAUUCAUGACUUGAAAAAGUAAAAAAAAUACAGUCUGGAUAUUGUGUUUGACUUAGAAAGAUGGAAAAGCUAAACAAAAAGUUGUGAAGGCAGAUGAUAAAAGUGCUAUUGAAUGAUCAAGGAAUUUGUGAGGUUUACAUUAUCUUCGCAAGAGUUGUAUUGUUCACUUAGACCUAGACAUGCAAGUAUAUUUCUAGGCGAAAACAUAAUGUUAAAAAUUGCGGAUUUUUGUCUCUCAAGUUGCUUGGAGGAAAAUCAAAGCCAGGCUAUUGCUUCAAAACAGUUUGGAUCUAUGUAUGAAAGAAGGGACAUUGAUGAACUGGGUUGGAUUUACUUUGACUUGCAAACUUGUUUGCAUGUUAGAACUCAUGGGGAGGAUACUAGAAACACAUAGUAUGCACAUCAGUCAAUAGGCUUGACAAAACAGAAAGCACAAAUAGGUCUAUCAGACAUCAGUUGUGCUGGUAAGCUCACUUAUGGUCCAUGACAUGCUCCACUAACCUCUUUUUUUAGAGCCUAGUGUACAUCUUUAGGUACUUCGCAAGAGAAAAAGGCUGCUUUGGCUGCAAGUGGAGUACUUGAUGCUGCAGAUGGUGGCUGGCGAUGCACUGCUCUGGCGUAGACUGCUACACAAGGAGCACCGGCGCUCCCCCAACGAAUACACCAGUUCCAAUCAGGCCCUGCCUUUCACCUGCCGACUCUCUAGGCACUUAGGUGUGAGGUACGUCGGCCUGCGCAGUCCUGGAGCUGCAAUCUCCCCUGGAGGUGUCUGGCAAUGGCAGUGAUGCUGCCCUGUUGCUGGAGGCAAGGCCCGGUGAGGCCUAAUGUCGUUGCUUGUCUGUAGUUGAGGGCACCUCCUCACCUAAUGUCGAGCGCGUGAGUGUCCCUCCUUUCUGGAGGUUGUACCCCUGAUGUCUUCCUGUUCAAUGCAAUGAAACACAACUCUUUUGCAUUUUCUUGAAAAAAAAAGCUAGUACGUUUGGAGUAAGCCUUUAUAGUUUCUUGCACAAAGAGUAUUGUUUUGGAGGAUAUUUGUUUCUGCAUACUGUGUUUUCUGUUUUGUUAUAUCCUGCCUGCACAUUAUAAAGUACAGUGUGGUGCAAUUUAUAUAUCAUAUUGUUGUUAAGGUGCAGAAUUCCAUUUAGCUUAGUAGUGGGUGCUACGAUAGCUGAGACUGGGAUUUAUGCCGGGUCUGAGAUAUUUAAUCACUAGCUGGAACAAUUCCAGUUUGUGUUUUUAUAACUAUCUGAAUUCAAUUGUUUGUAAAAUGUUCCACACUUGCAAUAUUAUAUACUAAUUUUGUAACGACUAACCACAAGGAAAGAAGCUCAAUCUCUUUUCAUCUCGUUGCUUCUGUGUGCGCAGGUCAUAAAUGAUCAGCCUAUGGUAAAGAAUUAGUAGAUGUGUACAGUUCUGCUGUUGUACUUCGCAAGCUCAUGACAGUCGAUGUAGUUAACAGACGAAUCCCUGUCCAGGCCUUGAGAUUUCCAUGUUUUACACUCUUGGUUGUUACAAGGAGCAAACAUGAGGAUUCAGGGGAGGCAAGCCAGGAAUGAUGGAUGGCCUAGGCAGUGAAGAUUGGCCGGCCCCUCUGCUCGUACUCCAUGAUGGUUCCUACCAUUGGGAGACAAGCCAUGAAAGAUGGAUGAUCCAAAGAUUGGCUGUUCCUACUCCAUGACAGUUCCUCCCGAUGACUGAUCGGGGUUGAUGGCAUUAUUAGAGGAAAUGUGUCUCGAGUACGACCUGCUUCCGUCUAGGAACUGAUUUUUGUGGUCUUACUCUCAGUUUCCGCUACAGCUCUAGUCUGGUGUAUAUCUCACAUAGAGCCAAACUGGAGUGACCUUCCUGUGUUAGCAGUUAGCUUGUUGGAUUUGUGGACGUAUUGGUACAACUUACAGUGAGAAAAUUUCAUGCGCCUGGUGUGAUCCUUCAUUUUACCACCUCAAUUUUCAUUGGAGAUCUACAUUGACUAUUGUUCUUUGUUUCUGUGAAAACUCCGUUCAUUCCAAGCCUUUGUUUCUGCGAAAACUCUCUGUACAUUGACUAUUGUUCUUUUUUCACAGUCACUCUGGAAUCCAAUAGCUCACAGAGUGGAAAUGUUAUUAUUAAUUCAGUCCUGUUAGGCAGUAGAUAAUGUAAUCAUAUCAGUUAUCGCUAGGCUUCUAGAGUGGAAGCUUCUCCCAAACGAACUAGAGACGGUGCGUGCCCUUGGAAAGAUUGUGGGUCACCAAACAAGGGUAAAAAUACCCGGUAACAAAGUAGGCACGCUCUUGGUUGCUGGUAGUUGCUCACUCCUGUCAUGAGAUUUCUACUUGGUUGAUAAUAAAAAGAAGAGAGCGGCCGUGUGCCUGGCUUUCUCUCUCUGAACCUCUAACUCCCAUCCAUGGAGAUCAGCAGCGAGGAGAGGGUGGAGCUCUCCAUCGUGGAGCACCUCCCCAACAAUGGCGACGCCGGCGUGGAGGAGGAUCAUCUAUGGCCUACCAAAGACGGCCCUCUUCCUAUAUUCCUCAAGUUUGAGAAUGUGGAGUACAAGGUGAAGCUGAGUGCCAAGAACCCCCUGACGGCGGCAAAGGUGGCCUUCUCGUCCCACAUGAGGGUGGAUCAUGCCGGCAGCAGCUGCAAGCACAUCCUUAAGGGCAUCGGCGGCAGCGUUGACCCCGGCGAGAUCCUGGCGCUGAUGGGCCCCUCCGGCAGCGGCAAGACCACCCUGCUCAAGAUACUCGGGGGCAGGCUGGGCGGCGCCGUCAAGGGCCAGAUCACCUACAACGACACCCCCUACAGCCCCUGCCUCAAGCGGAGGAUGGGAUUUGUGACGCAGGACGACGUGCUGUUCCCUCAGCUGACGGUGGAGGAGACGCUGGUGUUCGCGGCCUUCCUGAGGCUGCCGGCGCGCAUGUCCAAGCAGCAGAAGCGCGACCGGGUGGACGCCAUCAUCGCGGAGCUGAACCUGGAGCGGUGCCGGCACACCAAGAUCGGCGGCGCGUUCGUGCGCGGGGUGUCGGGCGGCGAGAGGAAGCGGACGAGCAUCGGGUACGAGAUCCUGGUGGACCCGUCGCUGCUGCUGCUGGACGAGCCCACGUCCGGGCUGGACUCCACGUCGGCCAGCAAGCUCAUCGUCAUCCUGCAGCGGCUGGCCAAGUCGACGCGGCGGACCAUCAUCACCACCAUCCACCAGCCGUCUAGCCGGAUGUUCCACAUGUUCGACAAGCUGCUGCUCAUCUCCGAGGGCCACGCCAUCUACCACGGCAAGGCCAGGGACUGCAUGCACCACUUCUCGUCUCUCGGGUUCACGCCGGAGAUCCCCAUGAACCCGGCCGAGUUCCUGCUGGACCUCGCCACGGGCAACCUCGAGGACAUCAGCGUCCCGGGGCUGCUCCGGGACGGCUCGCCGGCGCCGCAGGAGUUCAGGUCCCGCGUCGUCGCGUACCUCCAGGCCAAGUACAGGGACCACGCCGGGGAGGACCAGGCGAAGCAGCCGGCGAGGAGGCCCGGGGAGCAGCUGAGGCUGGCCAUCCGGAUGCGCAAGGACCGGAGCAUCAACUGGUUCCAGCAGUUCGUGGUGCUGUCGCGGCGCACGUUCCGGGAGCGCGCCGCCGACUACCUGGACAAGAUGCGGCUGGCGCAGGCCGUGGGCGUGGCGCUCCUGCUCGGCCUCCUGUGGUGGAAGUCGCAGACCGGCAACGAGGCGCAGCUGAGGGACCAGGUGGGGCUCAUCUUCUACAUCUGCAUCUUCUGGACGUCGUCGUCGCUCUUCGGCUCCGUCUACGUGUUCCCCUUCGAGAAGCUGUACCUGGUCAAGGAGCGCAAGGCCGACAUGUACCGCCUCAGCGCCUACUACGCCAGCAGCACCCUCUGCGACGCCGUGCCGCACGUCGUCUACCCGGUCCUCUUCAUGGCCAUCCUCUACUUCAUGGCCGACCUCCGCCGCACCGUCCCCUGCUUCUGCCUCACCCUCCUCGCCACCCUCCUCAUCGUCUUCACCAGCCAGGGGACGGGGGAGCUGCUGGGGGCGGCGAUCCUGAGCGUGAAGAGGGCGGGGGUGAUGGCGUCGCUGGUGCUGAUGCUGUUCCUGCUCACCGGAGGGUACUACGUGCAGCACAUACCCAAGUUCAUACGGUGGCUGAGGUACGUCUCCUUCAUGCACUACGGCUUCAACCUGCUGCUCAAGGCGCAGUACCACGGCCACCUCACCUACAACUGCGGGAGCCGGACGGGGUGCCAGCGGCUGCAGUCGUCGCCGUCCUUCGACACCGUCGACCUCGACGGCGGCAUGCGCGAGGUCUGGAUCCUGCUCGCCAUGGCCGUCGCAUACCGCCUCCUCGCCUACUUCUGCCUCCUCAAGAGGAUCACCCUCACGCCCUUGUGAAAAGAGAAACACCAUGGGGGUUUGGCACGGCGUGUGCUUUGCUAGUUAGGUCUUCCGAAUUAUAUCCUUUGUCACAUGUAAUGCAUGUUUGUUAAUGGGUACAGGCCUACAAGGCAAGAACUGAGAGCAAUGUGCAUAGGUAUUCUUCUUGAUUGUUUCCUUAAUUUUCCUUGCUUGG